AUGGCACCUGAACGGUCUUCCAGGCACCGCGAGUCUGGUGAGAGGAGACAUAAAAGCCGCCACUCCAGGUCACAUCAUCAUGCCUCCGGUUCAGACGGGACAAGGUCUGGCCAUAGCUCUCGCCAGGCCUUGUCUAUGGACGCUCUAGCGGCUCUGAAUGAGGCCAAUGCCCAGGGUCCCAGUUCUCGAGAAGCUGAGGAGGAGCUCGAGAGAAGACGGCGUCAAGAGCGCAGAGAGAGGCGAAAACGAGAGCAGAGGGCGAGCGCGGCCCGGAACGAGUAUCAAGCAGUUGAGCCAGACAGCCCACGAGACAGCCCACGAGGGCACCGGACGCGGCAGUCCAGGUCUUCCCAGCCGCCACCACCACCACAGUACGAGGAAAGGGACUUGAGCCGUCGCAGGGAGUCGAGGGAGAGGAGAAAUCAUCGGUCUUCGAGAGCGUAUGAAUCACCACGAGACGCCCAACGAGACGAGGAUGAUGAGGAGAGGUAUCGACAAGAACGGAAGGAACGCAAGCGGCAAAAGAGAGUGGUUGCCAGUGCUCCAGCACCAGCACCUGUGGAGGACAAACCCAAGUCCAAGAGGUUCUGGCACUUGCGCGGUGGCGGAACGAAUACGUCGAGCAGUUAUCUUGGCUACGAUGACAAAGAAGGUGCUUAUGACGAUCGUCCAAAGAAGCGUUUCUGGACCAGGAAGAAAAUUUUGAUUGCUGCCGGUUUAUCACUGGCCAUUGUCCUCAUCAUUAUCAUUGCAGCGGUGGUAGUGAGCAAAAAGAAUUCUGGAGGUUCCAACUCUGGCUCGGGCUCCAGUUCGAGCUGCCUGAAAUGUAACUUGCCCGCCGAAGGCAGCGUACCCAGCGGCGCUCCAGACUACUUGGAUCCAUUCCAGUGGUACGAUACCAUCGACUUCAAUGUCACCUACACGGAUGUCCUGGUGGGCGGCCUUCCCAUCAUGGGCUUGAACUCAACGUGGGACGACUCAAACGCGCCGAAUGGCAUCGUCCCGGCCCUGAACGAAAAAUGGGGUUCUUAUACUGACCGGCCUGCUCGAGGUGUCAACCUGGGGGGCUGGCUGUCGCUUGAGCCUUGGAUCACACCGGACUUGUUUAUGUACGAUCAAAGCCUAGGGAUCGUGGAUGAGUAUAACCUCUGCAAAUAUCUGGGCUCAAAAUGCGCUUCAACCCUAGAGGAGCACUACUCAUCCUUUGUCACCGAGUCGACCUUUGCCGAGAUAGCCGAUGCAGGCCUCGACCACGUCCGCAUCCCUUACUCGUACUGGGCUGUCCAGACCUAUGACGACGACCCAUACCUCUUCCGUACAUCCUGGCGGUACCUCCUCCGCGGUAUUGAGUGGGCCCGCAAGUACGGCCUCCGCAUCAAUCUCGACCUGCACGGCAUCCCCGGCAGCCAGAACGGGUGGAACCACAGCGGGCGCCUGGGACCGAUCGGCUGGUUCAACGGAACCAACAGCACACAAAACGUCCAGCGCUCCGUGGACGUCCACGACCGGCUGUCCAAGUUCUUCGGGCAGGAGCGCUACCAGAACAUCAUCUCCCACUACGGGCUGUGUAACGAGCCGAAGAUGACGGUGAUAUCCUCAACCGAGGUGAUGAAUUGGACCGAGUCCGUCUACAGCAUGGUCCGGGCCAACGGAGUCAAGGACGCCAUCGUCGUGUUCGGCGACGGCUUCCGCGGGCUGGGCAACUGGCAGGGCGAGAUGACGGGCUACGGGGACAACAUGGCGCUGGACGUGCACCAGUACGUCAUCUUCAACAACGAGCAGAUCGUAUACAACCACACGGAGAAGGUCGACUACGCCUGCCGCGGGUGGACGGAGCAGACCGAGACGUCCAUGGACACGAGCACGGGGUUCGGCCCGACGCUGGUGGCCGAGUGGUCGCAGGCCGACACGGACUGCGCGACGCACCUCAACAACGUCGGCUGGGGCAACCGCUGGACCGGCACGUACGACACGGGCAACGCGAGCGACCCGCUCCAGGCGCUGACGCCGCGGUGCCCGACCGAGGACAGCUCGUGCUCGUGCACCAGCGCCAACGCCGACCCGGGCUCCUACAGCGACGACUACAAGCAGUUCCUGCUGUACUUUGCCGAGGCGCAGAUGGACAGCUUCGAGAAGGGCUGGGGCUGGUUCUACUGGACCUGGUGGACGAGCCAGGGUUCGUGGCAGUGGAGCUACAAGAGGGGCAUGCAGGCCGGCAUCUUGCCCAAGAAGGCCUACGAGCGUUCAUUCCACUGCAACUCGACAGCGAUACCAAAUUGGUACCCAUCUUUGCCCGAGACUUACUAG